AUGUGGCCUUCAACUACGCCUCUGCUGUGUAGUCUUGCACUAACAGUAGCCGCAACUUCAGCUCAAAAUGUUAGCUCUGAGUACUUUGCUCCCAAUUCGACCGGCUUCCGCAUGACGCAUGGCUUCGAAACUAUCCUAGUCCAACCCUACGGCUACGAUGGCUUCCGCGUCCGGGCAUGGCCUUUCCGGCCUCCCAAUGGCAAUGAGAUCAGUUUCCUCUACGAUCCACCUCUUGAAGGCCCAGAGAAUGGCGAGGCCCGCGGCUUCAGCUACGACUUCGCCGUCAAUGGCAAUCAGAGCGCUAUCAUCCGGAACGGGAACAUCAUUGUCAAGACCUACGGCCUCGAGGGGGCCCACUACCGCCUGGCCUUCUACCGCAUCGAGUCCGACGGCUCAGAGACGCUACUCACCAACGAGUUCAACCCAGUCAAAGCCCUCAACCCGCGCUACUACUCCUGGACCAGCACGGGCUACGAGUUCUCGGCCGCCUUCUCCUUCAGCACCACGCCGGACGAGCAGAUCUUCGGCACGGGCACGCAACAGGACUUUAUGCUCAACAAGAAGGGCUCGGUGUUCGACCUGAUCAACUUCAACUCGUACAUCCCGACACCCGUCUUCAUGUCGAGCCGCGGCUACGGCUUCGUGUGGAACUCGGCGGCGCAGGGCCGCAUGGAGUUCGGCGCGCGCCGCAACAAGUUCGUGGCCGACUCGACGACGCUGGUCGACUACGCCAUCGUCAGCGCACCGGAAGGAGACUACGACGCGCUGCAGCGCAAGCUGACGGCGGCGACGGGCCGCGCGCCGCAGCCGCCGGACUUCUCGCUGGGCUACCUGCACUCGAAGCUGCGGUACGAGAACCAGACGGAGGUGGUGCUGCUGGCGCAGCAGUUCCACGACCGCGACAUCCCCGUCUCCAUGAUCGUCGUCGACUACGAGUCGUGGGCGCAGAACGGCGAUUGGGGACUGGACCCGGCGCUGUGGCCCGACGUGGCCGACAUGGCCGCCAAGGUCAAGAACCUGACGGGCGCCGAGAUGAUGGCUUCGCUGUGGCCGGGCGUCGAGGACGACAGCGUCAACUACGCCGAGAUGAUGCAGUACGGGCUGCUGGCCGCGACCAUGUCUGGUCCCGGCACGACGGAUUCGUGGAAUGGCAGUUACAUCAGGAACUACGAUGCUACGAACCCACGUGCGAGGGAGUUCUUGUGGAAGACGCUGAAGCGGAAUUAUUAUGACAAGGGCGUCAAGAACUUCUGGAUUGAUCAGGCGGAUGGUGGAGCGCUGGGAGAAGCGUGGGAAAACAACGGGCAGACCGCCUACAUUCAGUCAAUCCCCUUUCCCCUCCCUCAGGUUUUGUAUCAUGCCGGAACGCAGGCUUCAGUCGGGAAGCUUUACCCCUGGGCCCAUCAGCAAGCCAUAGAGGAGGGAACUCGCAACGCCACUGGCAAAGAAAUGGGCACUCCAUGCGACUACAUCUCGCUGAGCCGGUCGGGCUACAUCGGCUCGCAGCGCUUCUGCAGCAUGAUCUGGUCGGGCGACACGGAGGCCAGCUGGGAGGUGCUGGGCAACCAGAUCCCGAACGCGCUGUCGGCGGCGAGCACGGGGUGGAGCUGGUACACGGUGGACGCGGGCGGCUUCCAGCCGGACCCGUCGAUCGAGUGGUCCAACAACGUCGACAGGCCCGAGUACCGCGAGCUGUACGUGCGCUGGCUGCAGUGGACGGCCUUCCUGCCCUUCAUGCGCAACCACGGCUCGCGCGCCUGCGACGUCCAGCACGCCUUCACCUGCGACAACGAGCCCUGGGUCUACGGCGACGACAACACGCCCACCAUCGUCUCCUACAUCCACCUCCGCUACCGCCUCGCGGACUACGUGCGCGCCCUGUUCGAGCAGUUCUCUGCUACUGGCCGCCAGAUCCUGCGCCCGCUGUUCAUGGACUUCGGGAAGAGCGACGAGAAUAUCAUGGCCUGGACGCGCGAGAACAGGAACGUCACUACCCAGCAGUACAUGUUCGGCCCGCGUCUGCUCGUCGCCCCCGUCGUGCUGCCCAAUGUGACCGAGUGGCCGGUGUACUUGCCGAAGACGUCGGGCUCGGAGGAGAAGCCGUGGACGUACUGGUGGACGAACGAGACGUACGCCGGCGGCCAGACGGUCAACGUCAGCGCGCCCUUGGAGCAUAUUCCCCUGUUUCACUUGGGCAGCAGGGAGGACAUCUUUGCUGGAGACGUGUUUUGA